CAGGUUGAGACGCAAGAACACAUCAUGUCGCAAUGGACGAUGGCCCAAGCAGAACUCGCCUCCUUCACCUUCCCAACCAUCGGUUCCAUAUCGGAAUACUCCACGGAGAAAGGUCCAACCAUUGGUCCCAUAGCAACGCCAUCCAUCAACGGUUUUGCCGACCGCGGCCCCCUAUCUUCAAGCUGGGAGUACUUCCGCAACAUCGCCGACGCCAGGUUCAAAGCUACUCUUCAACGUUCAUCAUCCCCAUCACCCUCCCACUCAACCAAUCCCGAUCCCGAAUCCCCCUCCGAACUCGACAAAUUAGGCCACUUCAUCUUCCGUGACCUCGUCUACAACUCCCCCCUAUUUCGCUCCCCGCCCUCUGCUCCUGCCGUCAACGGCCCCUUCCCCUUCAACCACAUGGACCUCGGCAUCCAAAACAUCCUUGUCUCUACCUCCCCCGAUUCCUCCUCCGGAAGUACUUACGACUUCCUAGCUGUCAUAGACUGGGAGAUGGCCCAAUCUGCUCCGUGGGAGGUGUUUUACUAUCCUGUUCCGUUCCCUCUGCUCUCUUCCCAGCAAGAGUCCCUUAUCCUUCGUGACGAAAAGCACCCCGAAUACGAUAAGACGGUCAAAAAGCAGAAGGCGAGGGAUCUCUACCGCCAGAAGUUCCGGGAGGCCGAGGAAAAAUUGGAGGCAGAAGGCAGACCAUUGCCAGCUAGCAUAGCGGGUGUGUUGGAGGGGAGUAAAGCGUCGAGGUGUUUUGGGGUGGUGGAGAAACUGGGAGUGUUUAAGGGGGUGGAGAGUGAGUUGGUUAGGGAGUUGGUGAGGUUGGGGUACGGAGAAGAAGGAAAGGAAAUGAGAAAGGGGGAAGUGGAAGGGUGGCUGAAGGUGAAGAGACGGGAGAUGGAGGCGUUCCUCAAAAAGGGGGGAAUGGUCAAGGGUUAGAAUUGGAAGAAACGAGCAGAGGAGGAUGUUAUCUUGCAGUCGCAGGCUUGAAAACAAAGUAUCUCAACCAGGCCACGGCAUCACGAUUCAGUUCAAUUCCAAAAACAAUCGAACUUGCCCUUCAUUAGCUACCUUGGCGUAGUGUCCAGCACCCGCCUUCCAGCCAUUCACUACAAGUGUCCCAUCUGCUCAACCUCAUUCCUUCGACCACUACAUAGGACACAGCGGCGCAGUUG